AUGGCUGAAUUACCUACGGAAAACAUUUACGAUAUCCUCUCAAGAUUGCCAGUGAAAUCUUUGGCUUGUUUCCGGUGUGUAAGCAAGCAAUGGUGCAACUACAUCAACGAUCCUUACUUUGAAACCAUGUAUGCCAAACGAGCGGCACUGAACGGUCACUUGCCCAUUAUGUUCUGUCAAUUUCCAUCUGUUGCUUAUCCCAGCUCACCAUGCACACUCAGUUUCUUGGAACAUAAAAAUGAAGCUGAUAGUUUUACCCUAGAAGUAAAAAAGAAGCCACCAGUUAUGGAGUUUAUGUGUAAGAGUUGGAUACACAGUUAUUCUAGUAACAUAGUUCUAGGUUCUUGCAAUGGUCUGCUCUAUUCAUCAAAAGAUUCCCAUGAUGGAAACAAGUUGGUUGUGAUCCAUCCUCUAAGGAAAGAAAGUUAUGAGUUGCCACCCAUCAAGACACCAUUCCACGCACCACAACAGGCAUGGGGGAUUGAUCUUCAAGAGUCGAACAGGCUUUGUGUUGAGGAGUCAAGCGGGCUUGGUUUUGAUGAUUCUACCAACACUUUCAAGAUGGUGUGUGUUGUGCUAAGAGAACAUGAUGGGAUACUAAACAACCUUCUUGAACUCAAGGAGGAUCUAUGGACCAUGGUGCAUGUCUUGGGCACAGGCUCGUGGCGAAAGAUACCACAAGUCCCAUCUUAUCCCAUAACUGGUGAAGGAAUAUUUGCGAAUGGAUGUUUGCAUUGGUUAAUAAGUGAUAAAUAUGAUGAUUAUCGCGCGGCCUACUUAGGACGACCAGUAAUAAAGUUUGACAUAGCGAAGGAGGAAUUCGGAGUAAUCAAACCUCCUCAUGGACUACCAGUUUAUUCGGUUAAGGAGCAGUUGGUUGAUUUACAUGGUGAAGUUGGAUAUGUGUAUCAUAUCGUCAACCAUGGUGUGGAGGUGUGGGUGUUGAAGGAGAGAGGAUGGGUGAUGCAUUGUGAGUUCGAUCAAAAAUGGCCUCUUCCUCAUCCUGGUGGUUUCAUAAAGGUUUUAGGGUUUUGGAACGAUGACGGGGACAUACUAAUGACAGAUAAUUGGUAUUGGAAGAAACAAAUAUAUGUUUACAACUUAAAAAGUGACAGUUUGCAUGAACUUGGUUUAGUUGGCUGGGAAGGAGGACUUACAUUAACAGAUUUAAGAAUAUAUCGUAGUAGCUUGUUUUCAACCGGUUAUUCCAUCAAAUACUAA